GCCGAGCUGACGUCUGUGAAAUGAAAUCAGCUUGUAGCAGUUUUCCUCACAGAAUGGAAGUAGUCGUGGAGCUGACAAGGACUUAACUCUCUCGACUCAGCUGGAUAUUGAACUCAUUGCCACUAUUUUUUUUCUGGGUAUAAUCGUUACAACGAAGCCUAUCUUUUUGGCUGCUCAUCUAAUAGUGCCCCCGUAUGGACGAUGAGGAGGAUGAUGUGUUUGAGCCAGACCCCCACUGCUGGCACACAACAUUCAGGGAGAUAAAGUGUGAAGACCGGGGCACUCAGACACCUGGUCCUGCCCUGGUACCAAACAACGGCAUGCUGCCCUGUGGAAUCGCAGAAGAGCCCAGACCACUCUUCUACGGUAACGCAGGUUUUCGAUUGCACUUCCCAGCGCGCUUUGAGCUCAUCGCGGGCCACGAGGCUAGGCAGCGAGAAAGCGAAGAGGAUCGAAGCGGUAUGGAGCGGCGGCCCCGGCAGCAACCUGCUGCGCGCAGCAUGGAGGCCUGCAUUGGACAGAAACUCCAGCUGAUAGGAGACCAGUUUCACCGGGAACACCUGCAACUGUAUCAUCGAAACCAAAGGAACCAGGGCCCGCUGUGGUGGCGCCUGGCCGCAGCCAUGCUCAGCCUCCUGUUCGACCGGGGCGUCAUCGCCGGAGGAGGAGGUGGUGCAGGACGGAGGUGAGGGCGUCCGCCCCCCCCCCCCCGCGCCCCCGCGCGCUCGGCUUUCUCUUCAUCUCUGCGAGGACGUGGACUCCUAAUGGCACUGUCAAAUCUAACACGGGUCUGUUUGGGCGGAGAAAAAGAAUGGAGACUAAUAGGUCACCGCGGGACGGAGACAACCAACUUUUAUACAAGGUCGUGCGUUUUUUUCUUUCCGAGAAGAUGCCAUGAUGCUCCCGAGAUUCCUCUAAAAAAAAGGACAAUGUUCAUAUUUUGGCAUACGUGCGGUGUAGUAGUUUUGUACAGUACAUUGUUCUCGUUAAAUUUUUUGCACUUCAACAUGUAACCAUCUUUAAUGACCUCCACAGACCCUGGGAAUGCCUUAUUCAGUGUCUUCUGCCAGAAUGAGUAUUGAGACAGGCGCGAUGAGGUGGUUAGGAAAUGAAAGCAGUGUGGUGAGAUGUUUUUACUCAGAAGCGUCCCAGGCGACCAGUCGAGUUGAUUUACUAACUUCCAAAGAGGCAACGUCUCAGAACAAAGCAUUUUGCACCUCACCUCAAUGGAACAGUUAUUUUCUUCUUACUUUAUUUCUUCUUUCACUUUCUGUAUUUUUCAUUUCUCACUCGGUGUUUUCCUCUGUGUGCUUUUUAAAUUUGAACUCUCCUCGUUUGAAAAUACUGGGAACAAAAGUAAAGUGGGUGAAAAAGUCAGCACGCUGUGAAGUGUUAUCUAAAUAUCACAUAUGCACACGCAAUUCAAGUCAAACCUGUGUGUAAGUCAUGUGCUAUAUGUCAAACAUUAGGUACUUUCUGAAAGUAUCGGGGCGGAGAUACGCGACAUCCCCGCCUGGUCCAACAGGCCUGGUGAGUGCCAGCAGACCUGCCAAACUGCAAAAAAUGCCAAUGAACUCACAAGACCAGUGAGCGGUGACAAACAGCCUCAUUGUGGAUAAUUGAAGCAGUGACACUGGGACUGAAUGAUUUGAAUUAUUGACAUUGGAGAUGAAUAUUAAAUUUGUAAUGGGUUCACGUGUGUGCAUUUCUUCCGAACUGCCAUUUUUAUCAGUUCUGCAAAUGUUACACAUGAUUAAAUUAAUACAUAAACCUUAGGUUGAGCCGUUGAGAUUUGUACUUUCUUGCAUCUGGCGAGUUGAUCUGAUGGUUAUUACCUGCUGUUUAUCUCUGUGGGUAUGUGAUGUCUGAGAUGUAGCACACUGAUAUUUAUUUAGAAGUCACAGGGUGCUUUCUUUUUUGUGCAUAUAGAAAACGAUUGAAGGUCUAAACGUGCACUAUAUCAGACUAUAACAGUCAAUCACAUCAAACACUGUUUAAACUAAAGCACUCUUUCCACCACUCCCCCCAAAAAACAUGAUUUCCCCCGGUAUUCUGUGUUUUCCAUUUGGCCUUGUUCCCGGUCUCGUUCUCCGAUACGAGAUGCCCAUUUAUUAUUUUUUCGUCGUGUUUCUUUUAAUGUGAUUGUUUUCAGACCUCCAUGCCCUUGAAGUGGAGCCGCGGAUCCACUGUUUUUGCACUAGACGUACACCCUUCGAGAGUUCAGACAGCUACCGAGCUAACCCUCUGUCCUGUAUGAAGGUUUUUCAGCCAACGGCUCGUUUUCUCGCCGGCCACAUUUCAGACGCAGCCGUUCGCACGUUUUUCGAGACAAACAAUCAGCGUCGCGACCCCGACUGAUUGGGAUAUCGGUUCUGGAAAAAUUUCACGCGCCAGUGUUUUCGGACUGCGGUUUUAUCGAGCAAGAGGCAGAGCCACGCGCCUCGACUGAAAGGUUUUCCCCCGGUUCGCUUUUCACGGCUCCUGCGUGUGUGUUCUGAACACCAAACAAUAUGGCGUAACCAAUCUGUGAAACAGAAUCUCCUCCUCUCAGGCUACCUUUAUGGGCUUUUACAUCAUUCGAUAUUCUGUUGGGUGAUCUUAUAUUGUCUUUGGUGCUCGGAUCGAGAUGAUGGGACGUUUUAGCGCGUUUAACCACCACUGACUCAGCAGACGAACACGUCUCUGAAACUAAAGUGAAAAAGACUGUUAUUGUUGUUGAAAUAUGAAUAUGUUUAAAGACACUGUUGAAGAUGCUGUUUAUGAUUUUUUUUUUUUUUUUUUUUUUUUUUAAUUAUUAUUUUAUUGCUGAACCCAGGCCAACUUUUUGGACCCAAGGAGCAGUACAUAUCAGGGGUCUGUAAUUAUUUGCUCCUUACAAUGUGUCAAGUUUAUCACUGCAUAAUUAGGGAUUUCAGUUAUCUCUCUCUCUCUCUCUCUCUCUCUCUCUCUCUCUCUCUCUCUCUCUCUCUCUCUCUAUCUCGAGAUGUCUCAGGGACAGACUUUGUGGGCUACUGGUAACCUUGAGAAUCUGUUACACGGUGAGAAGAAGAACAGCGUCACCACCCAUUUAUUUAUGUUGAUGAUAACGCCUCUUGAGGUCUCUUAUUUUCACUUCGCUAGAAAUCCACCUUGGGCCAUUUCUCAGCGCGUGUGCGCGCACACAAACACACACACACACACACAGAAAAGGUACAGUCUGACUGAGGAGUCUGAGGCUGGCUUGCUGGCUGUGGUGGCGACGGGAGCUACUGAGUAUGUAGUCACAGGCGUGUGAGGUGCACUGAAUGUGGUUGUGGUUAUAGUUUCCUGCGGAUCCUGAACGCUGAGCCAGUCCUUGUAGCGCCCCGUCUCACCAUCGCCUCUCGACUUCCUCUCUAUGCUGCUCCUUCGUUACGUGGACAUCGGUUCAUUUUCUUUGUAAUUUAUUUUCUUCCACUUCUUUUUUUUUAAUUUUUUUUUUAUUUAUUUUUGGUAUAUUUGCCCAUUUCUACUGUAUACACCAGUGUGUGCAAUUAUUUCUUUUGUUAUUCCUUCGGUCUUGUAUAUUCUUCAGUCGCUCGGCUCCGUUGUGCCUCGCAAGUGCUUCAUGUCACACUAAAUUCUGCUAUUUUGAUAUCACUCGCGGCUCAUGGGCUGCAGGAGAACGCCAGCGCGAAUUCACAGUCACAGAUCAUUCCCGCGGCGGCGGCGGCGGUGGUGGCGGCGGCGCUCUCCUCGCCGUCCCUCCUGCUGCUGCCGACACGAAUUCAGCUGCCGCUCUUUGUGACGGAGUAAACUUUAAACCGCCUUUCAAGCCCACGCGGGGUCAGUGUUUGAUACUCAAAUUAUAGAUUUUGGGUGUUUCAUUCUGAACGCUGUGAUUUUCCAGGGAUGGGCCCGACCAGUUCAGACGUUUUUUUUUCCUUCCCAGAUCACCAUUCGUCGUGCGUAGGUUCACAAUAUGCGGUUUAGAAGAGCAGUUUAACAUUUCAACAGGUUACGACCCAUCCCAGCCGUCGCUGAGGAUGCACAUUUCUCAAAAAGGUUGCCUUCUGAGUCUCCUCAAGUCGCAGGAUGUUAGCUCAUGUGUUCACAACUCUUAAAUCUCAAUCAUUGUGUUGUAAUCGAUAUGCACUGGAAAGUACUUUGUUUCUGUAAAUCCCAUAGGUCUCUUAUCUGUUAUGUGUUAAUGUAUAGUAUAUACCCUGGAUUGUUCUCUUGGGCUAAUCUUGCCACGCGUCAGCCGUAUAUAUCUGUGCAUUGACCAAGUAGGCUCAGGUAUGACGGCCUGUUUGAUUUAUUGGAAAGGGAAACAAGCCACCGCGGUGCCCUGUAUGAUUUUAUUAGAACGACGUUCCCAGUCUGCCCUCAUCACUUUAUACGUGAGUGCGGAGAAUCCCGAGAGCGGGAUAUGUAUUUUACGGAAACCGUCAAGUGUCUUGAAUUUUGUAGUCCACUUUAUAUAAAUUUGAAGGGUUUUUUUUGUUUGUUUGUUUUUUGUUUUUGAGGAAGGUUUUGAUUUUCUUCUUCGUGGUCUUUCUUAACUUUUUUAAAUUGUAUUUUCUUAAAGAAAAUGGGUCUGCUUUUAUAAGGACAGAUCGCGCUUGUAAAAUAAUUUUUAAUACGAGUAGGAUCCCUUUGAAGUCCACGAGAUCAAGAGCAUUUUUUUUUUUUUUUUAACAAAAAUGAACUUGCAACAUUCCUUGCACAGUUUACCCUCAUGUCCACACACACACACACAUACGCGAAAACAAGCUAACCAAAAUAAUCCAUUAUCGUCGUUUAAUUUGGCUCGUGAGCUUGUAGCCCCACUUUGCAGAACAGAUCAAGUGUACAUGUAUUUCUAAGAAAAAACAAACAAACCCUGGAAUAUGCCUUUAACUGCUCAGUUUCAACGAAGUCUUGAUUAUCACACACUCUCUGUAUACCAAGAAAUGAGACCCAGCGAAAAUGUAGCAUUUUUGUAAACAUUGACUGUGUGUUUUCGAGACUCUACUGUGCACUCAUUUUUGUGUUUAUAUAUAUUUUUUGGUUGUUGAUAUAAUAUUGAAGUAAAGACAAUUUGUUAUGUAGUGCAAUAUGCUGUACAUACAGAGCUUUGCUCUACAAAUCUUUUUUUUUCUGGAUUUUCUUGUUGUUUAUUGGUACUUUUUUCAAUAAAAAUUUAUUGAAGGUG